AUGAAAGAAUUGUUACGGGCGAAAGAAGUGAAUGUGAAGGACAGCCGGUGCAUCGUCAUUGACCCCGGCGAUCAAGCACUGCACCUGAAGCUACAUUGGAUGCUGCAUACCGUGCCGGAUGAUGACAUUCGUGAAGCCCUGGCACCCUACGGCCGAGUCACCGACGUGGCGAGGGAAAAGUGGCGUGUGCUCGGCCUUCAGGAUAAAGGCUCUUCGACUCGACUGGUCACCCUGGUGCCGAGGAAGGGCCUGGGGGCGGAUGACGUACCCCAUCUGCUACGCAUAGCAGGUGAGGAAGCCCUAGUAAUUAUUCCCGGAAGAGCACCACUCUGCCUUCGGUGCCGCAACACAGGACACAUCCGGCGCGACUGCCGCGUCCCGCGCUGCACACGUUGUCGCCGUCACGGCCAUGAAGAGUCGCAGUGCGUGAGGACGUACGCAAACGUGGCAGUGCCAACGGCCGCAGACGAAAACGCUGAACUUCUUAUGGAUGAAGUGGAAGCUGAGGAAGCCUCAGCCGGAAGCGUCAAGGAGGCGAAAGCCUCUGCGACGGAAUCGGCGAAACCGCAGGGACAAACGGCCGGAGCAGCGCGUGGGCCAGGAACACCUUCAAGACAUGUGAACAAGGACUCGACCAUCGACGCCCAAAAAAAGGACACAGCGACGAAGACAGCGCCGGACAUCUCGGAAUCAGCUGGCAGCGAACCUAUGGACGUAACCAAGGCUGGAGGCUCGAUAGGGAAGAGGACGCGAGAGGAGUCAACGAACGACGGCACGAAGACUGACGCAAUGAACAGCGAGGAACCACCGCAAAAGGCGGCGGGAAUGCGUCGGUUCUCAAUACGGCCCUCGCCGAAUAUCCCGCCGGACAAGAGAACGGCGGAAACGGCACCUAAGUAG